AGUUAGGGUAGGAGUUAAAACGUGAAACGCAACCGCUGGGGGGGCUCUAAAGUCGCACUACUUGUUCUGUAGAAGUUGUAGCUUUGCUUCUUCGCAGGAAUCAACUCUAAGUGAAUCCUUCCAACCAUUUUCGAAUCAUGCUGUCCACGUAGACACUCACUCGCAUCAUUCAUUCACCAAACGCAACAACUAACUUACUUACGCAGGAUGACUGGAGCGUCAAGCGCACUCAUCCCGGCAACUGCAUCCAUAUCGUCACCUGCGCGGAGAAAUGCAUGAAAAAGCUCAAGAAAGGUUCUAAGCAUGACCUGUUCAAGUAUGAAGGACAGCUGGCAUUAGUUGGAGUUUUGGAGUCCGAUUUCUGCACGUACGACGGGAUGCGAGGCUUGUACUGUUAUUCUUAGAUAGUAAACUCAUGAGCAAUCCGUUUACAUGAGAGAGCGCAGAGCUGUCCUCUUACGGAUGCAAAUAGAUCUGAUAUCUUGUGCUCGACACACUCAGACAGAAGGAGAAGGCUGUGCGUAGCAUUCACGAAAUACAUACCACCACUCUCUUCGUCUUUUCUGAGAUGCAACCAAAACCAAACCGAUCACUCACCAUUCCACAACUCACUCCAGUUUCGACGAGAUGCCGACGCGCAUGCUGUUGCCCGAGCCGCUGACGAAAGCUCUCAACUACUACCGUCACGGCCCCGGUGCAUCCGAUAGGUCUGAGGUGGAGAGACGUAUCCGAGCGUUAAAGAAGGAGAUCGAGAAGCUACUGACGCACAAGCAUGUCAAGACGCCCAAGUACCAGAUGGAAAUUCGAAUCUGCACCGCUUGCUUGAAGGUAGUCAGAUUGUUUCCUCUUUACAAAUUUUGUAUGGGUGAUGAUAUCCGUGGGAGCAUUCUACAAGCUAGACCGAUGCUCUAUGGUAGGUCGAAAGUGCUUGGAUUGAAUACGAGCUCCGUUUUCUCUUCUGGUUCUGGCGACCUAGUUCUUUUCAGUAUCGAAGCUAAUGGCUAUUCCGCAAUGGUCGCCUAGGUCUAUGCAGUUUUUUAUAUGCAUCAACUCCCUCCCAAGGAAGAGUUUGUAGUAAGUUUACUUCGAGUUUGAUUCCAUUCAACUCAUCUCUACGAACUACUCUCUUCUUCAGUUCUUGCAAAACAAAUGCGUUGACGCGUACAUCCAAGAGGAGGAACUUGCGAACCUCCGCAAGGCUUCCGACCGUUUCCGCAUUGACAACCUGAAGGGGACUGUUUUGACUGUUGUGGGCAAGUGCACCUUCGAGGAGCUGUUCAAGCUGUUUUUGUAUGAGGACUCUCGCGAAGAGGCUGACAACUACGACACCCCUCUGAAAAAGAUUCAGGCACUUUGUUUUCACUUACAUACUAUGCAUGUUGUGCAUCAAUGAGAACGGAAAUGACACGAAGGAGUUCCACUAUGAGCAGCUGAGUUGUGGUUUCCCCUCAGUCUCUAAGUUUCCAUCUUUUCAAUUCUUCCUCAUGUAGUCGAUUUCUCCCAUCCACUUUCAGCUCACCCGCGCGGCGCGACGCGUAAACGAGUUGAUUGGUCAGCUACGUGGGACUGGCUGUGAGCCCGUCAUCUUCAAUCGCCUCGCGAAGGCGUACGCGGAUAUCAUCGAGCUCUUCCGCCAUCAUCGAAAUGAAGACCUACCCAACCUCCUUCUUGCUUGCGGAAAAUUCGAAUGGGCUACGGACGAUUUGAUGCAUCUUUUCAAGUCGCAUCGCGCUAACGUUUUGAAAAGCUACGUCGAUGCGUUUAACACGAGCGAGUACAACGCUUUGAGCCAUAUCAUCCUCGAUGAAAUUCAGGAAAUCUGCGCUACUAACUACGAGAAGGUAUCUGUUAUCUAUUUCUAUUUCCCUUUCCCAUUUCAUCUGCUUGAUUUUCUUGUUGUAGGUAGCACGACUGCCAAGAAAGACGCACUACAGAUCUUAGGUUCAGCAGAAUUCUUCAUCAUCGAUUGAAAGGGAAACCAGCAGGCGCUGUCCUACCUCUGAUAUAUGUCGCUUACUUCGAUCUAGCACCACAAGCAUCCACCCGAGAUUCAUUUCCUUGCACUCCCAUCCAUCACAGAUUCUUUCCCUGACUGCGCAGAUGUGUGCGGCUGUUAACAACGUCGCACAGGCGGAGAGACGCCUUGCUGGUCGCGACGAACAAGUGCGCCGUGCAGAUGAACUCGUCGAACUGAUGAAGGAGCUUCGCAAGGUCCUUGUUGAGUACAACGCUCCAAAGGACAUCAAGCUCUGCGCGCAAACGAUCCUCAGCGCCGUGCCCGUGAUGGUGCAGAAGAUCUUUCGCAAUCACAUCAACAUGGCGGAGAGACUCAUCGCUAACAACGACUACUCUGCUCCCGUGGCAGCUCAAAAAGCGUCGAGCAUGAUCGCUACGGCUUCCUUCGGCGCGAUGGACGCACUGGCUCCCGAGAUGUCGCAGUUCGGACUUCUGAUCGAAUCUCUAGUCCUUGUCCGGCAGCGCGGCAUGAAAAAAGUCGAGGAAGGAGAUGAUGACGAGGAUGCCAUGAAGAAGUACCUCAUGAAGCGCAAGGGGAACAUCACUGCAUCUCAAGACGACAACAGUGGCUCCGAGUUCGAGGAUAUCGAUUCGAGCGGUGAAGAUGAUGAAGAUGAUGUCGCAGAUGAAGAUGAGGAAGGUUCUGACGAAGAAGAGAAUGGCCGUCGCUCCAGCACUCCGGAUUAUGACGAGGAACUGAGCAAGUUCUUCCGGGAAGUCAACAAGGACAUGAAGCCGAAGUCCUGCUCGUUUGCGCCGUACAAUCCACCGCAAUCGUUCAGCGCUGGCCGCAAGAAGAAGUCGAUGGACACCGCCGCUGCAGCUGAAAAUGGUUUGAGCCCCUUAUCCGAGUUCCGUGCGUUCGAGCAGGAACAGCAGAAGAAGGUCCAGGAGGAACGACUCUUGAAAACCCCGGUACUGCUAUUUAGCCUUAUUUUUCUAACACGGAUAGUGUAGAAUCGUUUUCAUGUGCCAGGCGAUGUCUAUGUCUCUAUCUGCUCGAAUCUAGUGAACUUUAUUGUUUCGUGGAGUUGGUUCUUUCGGUUUCUCUUUCCGUACACAUGUAGAUGGUUUCUUGAUGGUUUCUCCAUCGCCAACACUCUUGCCAGGUGGAUACUGGUUUCGGAAAUUCGCAAGUUCCGCAGACUCAAAGCAGUGAGGACGAGGAGGCCAACGAAGAGGAACGAGCAGAAGCCUCUUCUUUCCUUGGCGAUGGUAAGACCGUGAGUGAGGCGGCCGCCGAAAUCCCGGAGCUCUCGAUUAACACGAUCAUGGAAAUGGACAAUGAAGAACUUGGCCGUGUACAAGAAAAACUGGUGGAGGAGCACGCUGCGCGCCAAAAGGCCAAGAAGAUUGCUGCUUCGCUUGACAAGCAUGCCCGUGAGGGUGAGGCUGUUGAGUCCGAAAAAGAAAAUGUGGGCCCGAACCUGAAAGGUCCUUGUUUUUCUCAGGCACCCACGAGCAGCAUCUUUCCUCGUGGACUCAGUCAUUCUUCUAGCAAGCGAAUCUAGAUGUUGUUCAGUGAGAACUUCUAUAGCACUCCAUGAUUGAGAUAGCUAAGCGAAUGCGUCAGCAUACAAGUCCCCCUAGUAUAAAAGUGAAAGAUGCGUUCUCUUCAUCCAGUCUUCAGUAUCUCACUUCGCUUCUAUUCUCCAGGUAACAGCGGCGACACCUCCAGCUCCAACCAAAUUGCCGGACAAGGUGGAGGCGACAAGGAUGUCUCUGAGUCCUCUACGAGCGGGAAAGUGACUGCCGAAGUUCUCAAGUUGAGUCUGAAUGUGUCCAAGAUCGCCGAGAAUAUGGAUGAUGUAGACAAGAUCUCGAUGGAAGAGGAGUCCAAAAACCUGACCGACCCGUCCCGCAAGCGCCGCAAGAGCGUCGAGGGAGUCGCGCUUCCGGGUACAUAAUCACACUCGGACUCGAAUUGAAGAGCUAAACAGUUCGACUGUAUAAUGCUUGUGGAUGCAAACUCACAGGAUAUGAGUAACAGACGAUGAUGUAGACCAAGAGAAAGUACUCUAAAUGUUCUAAAGUACUCCCCGAAACGUUGGGCAUUCUUUCCCAUCAACUCCAUACGGAUCUUUCUCGCACAUCAACACGCACAGGCUCCGAUCAGCUGGCGAGUAGCUAA